CAGCCCCAAAAGAACAGAAACGGGGAGUUGCGAUUCGAAAUUUGAACUUUCAAAAGAUAAAGCCGUUGCUGCUGGCGCCGGUGCACCGCCCGGCCAAACUCUCCUAAAAGUGAAAACCCCAACGGCUCUCGGCGCUGACGUUUAAAACCCGGAUUCCCAUCCCCAUCUCCGGCAAAACUUUUUUCUUUUUUUUUCUGAAAAAACUUUCAUUUCCAAACUUGAUCGCCCCCCUCCAUCAAUUUCUAGAUAUAGAGCGAGAGAGAGAAAGAGAAGAUCUUGAAAGAGAGCAAUGGCGCGUGUUCAGGGUCAGGGUCAGGGUCAGGGUCGGGCGAUGGAUCUGUACGAGAAGCUGGAGAAGGUAGGGGAAGGGACGUACGGGAAGGUGUACAAGGCGAAGGAGAAGGCGACGGGGAGGAUCGUGGCGCUCAAGAAGACCCGGCUCCCCGAGGACGACGAGGGCGUCCCUCCCACCACCCUCCGCGAGGUCUCCCUCCUCCGCAUGCUCUCCAUCUCCCCCCACGUCGUCAGGCUGUUGGAUCUGAAACAAGGCGAGAACAAAGAAGGGAAGACGAUCCUCUAUCUGGUCUUCGAGUUCAUGGAUACCGACCUCAAGAAGUUCAUCAGGAGCUUCCGUCAGACCCACGAGAUGAUCCCACCAAAAACUGUCAAGAUUUUGAUGUACCAGCUCUGCAAAGGCAUCGCGUUCUGCCAUGGUCGUGGGGUACUCCACAGGGAUCUGAAGCCCCACAAUCUCUUGAUGGACAAUAAGACAAUGAUGCUCAAAAUUGCCGACCUCGGGCUUAGCAGAGCAUUCACUAUCCCCCUCAAGAAAUACACCCACGAGAUUCUGACGCUGUGGUAUAGAGCUCCUGAAAUUCUCCUUGGUGCCACACAUUAUUCAACACCGGUUGAUAUGUGGUCUGUUGGCUGUAUAUUUGCUGAACUGGUUACGACCCAAGCACUGUUUCCUGGAGACUCUGAAUUGCAACAGCUACUGCACAUUUUCAGGUUAUUAGGUACCCCAAAUGAGAAAGUGUGGCCUGGAGUAAGCAAACUGGCAAACUGGCACGAGUAUCCUCAGUGGAGCCCCAAGAGUCUUUCCUCUGCUGUUCCUAAUCUCGAUGCCGAUGGGAUUGAUCUGCUCUUGAAAAUGUUGCAGUAUGAGCCUUCAAAGAGGAUUUCUGCAAAGAAAGCAAUGGAACAUCCGUACUUCAAUGAUGUGAACAAGGCAUACUCUUGAGAAACUGCUAACUGUGUAGUAACAUGGCAUCACCAUAUUUGUACUUUUUGGUGUUGCAACUGUUCUAGUAACUCCUACUCACUAUUGUGACUCAUGUGAUCUCAGUUUGGUCACUUGCUUUCCUCAAGCAUUGCUAUUACUUUACCUCAAGGAACCUCAAUUCGUUAUGUUUUUAGUGUAACUUGGUUUGUUGUUGGGAGUGAGACACUUUCUUUUAUGUUCUCUGGAGAGACGAAAAUUGCCUCCACAAUUAACAUGUUAUGUUUUUAGUGUAA